AUGUCGAUUAAUUCAAAACAAGAUUCAUCAAAUAAUAAUAAUAAUAAUAAUGAAAUUAAUUCACCAAAUAAUGAAAAUAGUUCACCAGAAAUAUCAGAUAUUCAAAAAGAAGAGAAUCAAGUAAAUUCAUCAACAACAUUAGAAUUAAAUCGUACAAAUAGUCAAUUAAGUUCAGAAAAAUUUACGCAACAAAAUUCACGUCGAAAUACUCAAAUAAGUUCACCAAAAAUGACUCGAUCACAAUCAGAUUCAUCGAAUUUAUCUGAACAAACUGGUGUACCACCACCACCUAAAACUACGAAUGAAAAUCUAAUUCAAAGACCAAUUUCACCUACAAAUGGUCAUCGAGAUUCAAAACAACGAACUCCAGCAUCAUUAGUCAAUAGACAACGUGCUCGGUCAAAUUCUCCACGUAAAACAUUUUCAUAUUUACCACCUGAUCGUCUUAAUAUACGUAAAUGGAAACAACAACAACGUCUAAUAACUAAACAAGACGAAAAUAAUCGAAUUUAUUAUGAAAAUCGUCAGAAAUUAGAACGUUUAGCUAAAAUAGCUCGUGAAGCAAGUGCAUAUCCAACAACGCAUAUUGAACAAGAACGUCUACGAGAACGACAUGUUCAUGAUCAUCGUCGAAAAGUUUUAAAAGGUUAUAUACCUAUUUUACAAAAUAAUUUAUGCAUUGUUGAUCGUCUUGCUAAUGUCAAAGGUGUUUAUGAUGUUAAAAAAAUGGAAGAAGAUUUUAAUCGUCAUACAAAUAUUCUCAAACAAGAUGCAGCCAAUCGAAAGAAAGCAAGAGAAACAGCAGCACAACGACCCUUUAUUUUACCAAAAAUUAAUUUAAAAUCAUAA